GCCAUUAGUUCCGAAACACCGGUGAGAAGUGUCACAUUUUAAGAGUGUUGCGUCGAUUCCGGGUAAUUUUUAAAGCCGUAUAGUUGAUAUAUAGAACAAAUAGAUAAUUGUAUCUAUCUCAGCCUGAUAUUUGAGCCCAAAAAGUGCCCCUACUACCGAAAAAAGUGAUUACAAACCAAGGAACUCGGACCAUAGACGGAAGCGAAGAAAAGUUCGGUCUUUCGCUAUAUAAAGCAGCUAAACGGAGCAACGGGAGCAUAAACCGCUGCGUUCAUUCUAUUAGCAUGGCCGGGCCGUCGCCGUUGUGGCUGCUGCCUGCGUUCGCUACUUUUUUCAGCUUCUACGCCGGAGAUUCGCUCGAUGAGCCCGUCCCGGAUGCAGCCAGCGUCCUUGAGGAGUACGAUUAUAUUGUGGUUGGCGGUGGAUCCUCGGGCAGCGUCGUCGCCGCCAGGUUGUCAGAGGAUCCUGACGCAACAGUGCUGUUGCUGGAGGCCGGGGGGCAGGAGUCAGAAUUCUCGGAAGUGCCGGGCCUAGCAGGAUACCUCCAGCUCUCCCAGAUGGAUUGGCAAUACAAGGCCGAACCCUCAACAACGUCCUGCCUGGCGAUGGUGUCAAAUAGGUGCAACCUCCCUCGCGGCCGAGUGAUCGGGGGCAGCAGCAGCAUCAACUAUAUGCUGUACGUGCGCGGUAACCGGCGCGACUACGACCUGUGGGAAUCCCAGGGCAAUCACGGCUGGGGCUACGAUCACGUACUGCCCUUCUUCAAGUUUUCGGAGGACAACGCCAACCCGACCCUCACCGCUAACUCAGAUUUCCACGGCUCCGACGGCUACCUGAGCGUGGGCGAGUCGCCGUGGCGCUCCCCGCUGGCGGCGGCCUUCGUGGAGGCGGGGGUCGAACUCGGCUACCCCGCCAGGGACGUCAACGGCGCCAGCCAGACGGGCUUCAUGGUUCCGCAGGGCUUCCUCAGGCGCGGCUCGCGCUGCUCGAACGCGCGGGCGUUCCUGAGGCCGGCGCGGCUUCGACCGAAUCUCCACACAGCCCUCAACGCCUUCGUCACGCGGAUCCUGUUCGAUUCGGCGCGUCGGGCGUACGGCGUCGUGUUCGACCGCGGGGGCGAGGAAGGGCGCGGACAGGAGGUUCGCGCACGGAGGGAGGUGAUUCUAGCGGCCGGCGCCAUCAACACGCCGCAGCUGCUCCUGCUGUCGGGCGUGGGGCCGGCGCAGCAGCUGAGGCGCUACAACAUCUCUGUUGUGGCCGACCUCCCCGUUGGACGCAACCUGCAGGACCACAUAGCCGGCAGCGCUAUCUUCACGAUCAGGGAGCCAGUGUCCCUCCUGUACAGUCGGCUGGAGAACCUCCCUGCCCUCCUCAAGUACUCUGUGUUUGGCUCGGGCCCCCUCACCUCCCUGGGCGGCGUCGAGGGGGUCGCCUUCGUGUCCACCAGGUUCAUGAACGCCUCCCUGGACUGGCCCGACAUCGAGUUCCACUUCGUGUCCGGGACGCAUGCCUCGGACGGCGGCUCCCACCUGCGCCACGCGCUGGGCCUCCGGGACGAGUACUGGGCCCACUACUUCAGUCACCUUGUUGACCGCGACCAGUUCAGCAUCCUGGCCAAGCUGAUGCGGCCUCGGAGCCGUGGCGUCGUGGAACUGCGCUCGGCUGACCCUUAUGAGUACCCGAAGAUUAUUACCAACUACCUGCACGACCGAGCUGACCUGCUGGUGAUAAAGGAAGGCCUGAAGAUUGCUCGCCAGGUUGGGAACACCCGGGUCUUCCGUGAGUUCGGUGCCAGGCUGUUUGAUCUCCCGCUUCUUGGAUGCGAGAGUUUUGAGAUGACGUCAGAAGCCUACUGGGAGUGUUACAUCAGACACCUGACAUUCACCAUCUACCACUAUUGCGGCACUGCCAAGAUGGGGCCGUACUGGGACCCCGACGCUGUGGUUGACCCCAUGCUGAGGGUGUACGGGGUCCAGGGACUCCGCGUUGUCGACGCCUCGGUUUUCCCGACCAUCCCCAGCGGCAACACCAACGCCCCCGUCACCAUGGUCGCCGAGAAGGCCGCCCACAUGAUUAAGGCGUUCUGGGCCCCCGCGAAGACCUCGGGCGACGGCGACGCUCUCCCCCCCACGGAGCUGCACUCGGAGGAACUCUGAGACCCCGACUGGCUGGCUGCUCUGUCUUUGCCCGUCUGUCUAUCUCUGUCCUUGCCUGUCUGCUUAUUUGUCUCUCUCUGACUGUCUGUUUAGUUAUCUACCAAUCUGUCUGUCUAUCUGCAUCUCUCUCUCUCUCUCUCUCUCUCUC